GCAGCAGGACCCAGAAUGCAGGGAGGGGAAGCCAGUAGCACUGCGUGCUGCCGGGUUUUCUCCAGCCAGGUGGCCCAAAAUCCCCUUCCGUGGGCACAGCCCUAGUCCUGCUCUGGGCAGAGCCGAACAGGGCCAGGCCGCUGCCCCGGUGGCACAGCAGAGCUCUUCAUUCUCAUGUGUACCACGGGUGCUGUGGCACUGUCCAGCUCUUGCUAAAGGGCCCUGGGACUCGCAGCUCUGCUGGGCAGAGGAACGCGGUGGCAGCCGUCUGCUCAAAGGACCCCAGGAGGCCGCGUCCCAGUGCUGGGCCGUGAUAGCCACCGUCUGAUCUCUCCCUUAGGCAACGCGCUGCCGAAGAGAGGGGAAGGAGGACUCCUGUCCUGCUUCUAGCAGUCCUUUCUGCUGGAGCCUUCCUCUGGAUAAUGGCAACUUGGAAAACCAAUGUCCUGCAGGUGUCAGCAGGACCUGUGCAUGAGCUCCCGUGUCUGGGGAACUCACCGGUCUGCCUGGAGCUGAAAAUGAAAACUAUUCAGUUCUCGGCCAGAAAGGACCUCAUUCUAGAUGCCGUGUUUCACAGCCUGAAAGACAAUGGGAUCGACGGAUUGAAGAGAGAGGAAAUUCUGCAGCUGACAAGAGAGGCAGUUGAGAAGGUGAUGAAACACGACACCUGGCUGCCCAGUUGGGCUCUAAAAACCAUGGGUGCCACUAUUGAUGUGGAGAGGACAUCCAAGAGUUAUGGGGGGAACCGCUGGCUUUCUCCAUUCUUUUCCUCCGCAAAGCCUCCUGAGACGAUCUUGCAGCCUGAUAUUUCUGCUGGCAACUGCUGGGCUUUCCAAGGAUCUCGGGGCCACGUGGUCAUCCGGCUGCCGGAGAAAAUCUGGCCCACGGCUUUUACCAUCUGGCAUAUCUCCAAGGCAGUCUCUCCCUCUGGGGAAGUCAGCACUGCCCCCAGAGAGUUUGUUGUCUCGGGAGUGGAUGAGGACGAAGGUGAAGCUCUCCUGGGGUCAUUCAUUUAUGACGUGGACGGAGAGAUCGCCCAGACCUUCCAAGUGCAGGAGGAGCCCCGCAAAGCCUUCCGCCAGAUCAAACUGGAGGUGCGGAGCAACUGGGGAAACAAGGAAUACACCUGCCUGUACAGAGCCGAUGUUCACGGCAACCCAGAAAAGGCAUAAUAGAUACGUAGAACGGAAUAAUUAAAUAAAAAGAUGUUGCCACCUUUC